UUUCAACACUACUAUAUAACAAAUAAUUUGAGAAGCACAAAAUGACAGCUUUAGAACAACCCUGCUCUGUUCUCAUCAACAUCAACUUAUCAGAAACACCCUCAGAACAGUCACUUAAACAGGAUUUUGAAAAUGGAUCCACUGCAGUGAAGAUCCAAGCUCUAAAGAAUGCGAUCAUAAUGAUGCAGGCAGGCGAGAAGAUGCCUGGACUAUUGAUGCACAUUAUCCGGUAUGUUCUGCCAGAACAGGAUCACACCAUCAAGAAGCUGAUGUUCAUCUUUUGGGAGAUUGUGCCAAAACGGGAUGCAGCUGGUAAACUCCUUACUGAAAUGAUUCUAGUGUGUGAUGCUUACAGGAAGGAUCUUAUCCACCCAAAUGAGUUUAUCAGAGGAUCUACACUUCGUUUCCUCUGCAAAGUCCGGGAACCCGAACUGCUGGAACCUCUCAUGCCCUCUAUCCGAGCGUGUCUCGAAAACAAAUACUCUUAUGUUAGGAGAAACGCUGUUCUUGCUCUCUACACCAUUUAUAGGAACUUUGAGUUCCUUGUCCCAGACGCCCCAGAGUUGAUACAAGGUUACUUGGAGGGAGAACAGGAUCCCUCUUGUAAACGUAACGCGUUCAUCAUGUUGAUCCACACAGAUCAGCAGCGUGCUCUUACUUACCUUCAAUCCUGCAUUGAUGAGAUUAGCACCUUCGGCGACAUCCUGCAACUGGUUAUAGUUGAGUUGAUAUACAAGGUUUGCCAAGCUAAACCAACUGAGAGAGCCAAGUUUAUCAGGACAGUGUACAACUUGCUGGGUAGCAGCUCUGCCAGUGUCAGAUACGAAGCAGCAGGAACUCUAGUGACCCUAUCGUCUACCCCCACUGCAGUUAAAGCAGCAGCUAAGUGCUAUGUAGAGCUGAUAGUACAUGAGAGUGAUAACAAUGUGAAGCUGGUUGUGCUGGAUAAACUGGUGAAACUUCAGAAGGAUCACUCACACGAUCUUACUUUACAGCAAGAACUGUCAAUGGACGUGUUACGCAUCCUGGGCUCUACUGAUAUAGAGGUACGACGUAAAACACUGGAUUUCCUCAUGUCUCUUAUCUCACUGAGGAAUGUUAAGGAUGUGGUCUCUCUUCUCAAGAAGGAGGUUAUCAAAACUUAUUCUAACACUGAUAAAGAUCAAAACACCAAGACAUACCAGCAGUUACUGGUAAAGGCUCUGCACCAGUGUGGAGUCAAGUUCCCCAUCACUGCUGAGAUUGUUGUUCCUGUUCUUAUGGACUUCCUGGCUGAGGGAAAUGAGAAAGCAGCUGAAAGUGUGUUAGAGUUUGUUAGAGAAGCUGUAGCCAGGUUUGAGAACCUGCAACCCAGUAUCAUAGAGAAACUUCUCAACUCUCUUCCCUCUAUUAAAUCUAUAUCUGUUCUUCACGCUGGAUUAUGGAUCCUGGGAGAGUACUGUACUUCUGAGUCUCAGAUCCGUAACAUGGUGGAUGCAGUGUUGGAGAGUAUUGGGGACCUGCCUAUUGUUGAUACUGAAAUCAGAGAGAGCACAAAAGACGACACUGAUAGCGGUACUACCACUACCGUAGUAUCAAGCUCACGCGUUACAGCUGACGGAACCUACGCCACCCAAUCAGCGGUUACCGUGGUAACCAAUCACAGCGAUGAUAAACCACAACUUCGGAGUAACCUGCUAGAGGGAGAGUUCUUCUUGGGGGCAGCCCUCGCUACAGCGCUCACUAAACUUUCUCUCAGAUACCAGGAGGUAUGUGUGGACCUGAGAGCUCGCAACAAGCUCACAGCACAGUCCAUGUUGAUCCUGGCUUCUAUCAUGCACCUUGGAAAGAGUAGUCUCCCUAAGAAACCCAUCAGUGAUGAUGACGUAGACUGGCUUAGCUUGUGUAUAAGGGUUCUCAAUGACAGGUCGCCUAUUCUCGUAUCAAUCUUCACUCGUGCUUGUAGACAAUCUCUACAAGACAUGAUCGGAACUAUAGACCUCACUAAACUGGCUUUAUCUGAAGCUGAGAAGGAUAUUGUUAAAACUGAUGUUGAUGCUCUUAUCAACUUCUCCCAUAUUCUGAGCAAUGUUAAUGACGGACAAGCAGUGGAUGAACUGGAGUUGUCGCUCCUUCAAGCAACAGAGGGCUCCAAGAAGAAGGAUACAGACGUUUCUACUACUGCUUUAAGCAAAGUAUAUCAGUUGACUGGGUUCUCUGAUCCUAUAUACGCUGAAGCGUACAUCAACGUGAACCAAUACGACAUAGUAUUAGAUGUACUGGUAGUUAACCAGACCCCUGACACCUUACAAAACCUUACAUUAGAACUCGCUACACUCGGUGAUCUUAAACUUGUGGAUAAACCAUCUCCUAUCACUCUUGCUGGCAACGACUUUUGUAACACUAAAGCGCAGGUCAAAGUUGCAUCAACUGAGACGGGUAUAAUAUUCGGAAAUAUCGUAUAUGAUGUGUCAGGAGUCAGCGGAGACAAGAGCUGUGUUGUUCUGAACGAUAUUCACAUCGACAUCAUGGAUUACAUCGUACCUGCUACUUGCACUGAUACCGAGUUCCGGAAGAUGUGGGCAGAGUUUGAGUGGGAGAACAAGGUGUCGGUACAGAGCAACAUUAACGAUAUGAACCAGUACCUGGAUCACAUUCUCAAAUGUACUAACAUGAAAUGUCUCACUCCCAAACAGGCACUGGAAGGGGACUGCGGGUUCUUAGCCGCUAAUCUCUACGCUAAAAGUGUUUUCGGAGAAGACGCUCUUGCCAACAUCAGUAUUGAGAAGAUGUCUGAUUCUGGCGCCCUGUCCGGUCAUAUCCGAAUCAGAGCUAAGAGCCAGGGAAUGGCACUUUCUCUAGGCGACAAGAUUACUCACAGUCAGAAGAAGGAAGCCGGGGCUUAACUUGACGUCAUUAUAUUGGUUUUGAGUGCAUGAAGGAAAUAUGGAUUCUAAGAAAAUAAACCGUUGAUUUCAUGAGAUUAGUUUAUUGAGUUUGACUUAGAAAAACAAUCGGGGCAGGUCUUCUUUUAUCAAGAAAUUUGGACUAGGCGCACCUUUCUGACCCCUCCAUGCGUAUUCACUGUAUUAAGUACGAAAGUUCGUUAUUUUUCGUGACCACCGCAGCUUUUAAAUGUUGAAUGAAGGGGUUCCUUGAUAAAAUAUUUGCUCGUAAACUUGUAUCAUUUUUAAUAUGAAUAUGAUAGAAUAAAUGAUUAAUGAAAUUAUGUUUUGAUCUGAACCUGCUGUAUUCUAAA